AUGUCCGAAGGUUGUUAUACGUUGGUCUACGAGGCCAAUAAGGCCAGUAGUACGUCGGUCAACGACUUCAAGGCGUUAUUAGAAAAGGGUAAGGAUGAGCAGAAGAUCGAUGCCAUGAAGAAGAUCUUGAUCACCAUUCUCAAUGGAGAUUCAAUGCCAGAUUUGUUGAUGCACAUUAUUCGGUUUGUUAUGCCCUCUAAGAAUAAGGAAUUGAAGAAGUUGUUAUACUUUUACUGGGAAGUGUGUCCCAAGUUGGACAAUCAAGGUAAAAUGAGACAUGAAAUGAUUCUUGUUUGUAAUGCCAUACAAAGAGAUUUACAACAUCCUAAUGAAUAUAUAAGGGGGAACACUUUAAGAUUCUUGUGCAAAUUGAAACAACCAGAAUUGUUGGAAACUUUGAUUCCAAAUGUUCAACAGUGUUUGGAUCAUAGAAAUGCUUACGUCAGAAAGAAUGCUGUUUUUGCAUUAUUCAGUAUUUAUCAAGUAUCUGAUCAUUUGAUCCCUGAUGCUGCAGAAAUGAUUCAUAAGUUUUUGGAGCAGGAAACUGAUUCCACUUGCAAGAGAAACGCCUUUAUUUGUUUGGGUGUGUUAGAUAGAGCCUCAGCGGUGGAUUUUAUUAUUCAUUCUGAUAUUCUUUCAUUGGACCCCUUGUUACAAUUAGCAUUCCUUGAAUUCAUUAAGAAAGAUUCUGUUUCAAAUCCUCAUUUGAUUCCAAGUUACGGUGAUUUAAUUGCUGAAAUCAUUGAAAGUACUUCGAGUUCAGUUGUUUAUGAGGCUGCCACCACCUUGACUGCUUUAUCGAGUAGUUCAAAGUCUAUUUUAUUGGCUGGUUCCAAAUUCAUCGAAUUGGCUGUUAAAGAAGCUGAUAACAAUGUCAAGAUUAUUACCUUGGAAAGAAUCAAUGAUCUUCAUAAAAAGAAUCCAGGUGUUCUUCAAUCUUUAUCAUUGGAUAUCUUAAGAAUCCUCUCUUGUCAAGAUAUUGAUGUUCGUAAGAAGGCAUUGAAUGUGACCUUACAAUUGAUCUCCAGUAGAAACGUUGAAGAUGUUGUGAAAUUAUUGAAGAAAGAAUUACAAAGAACUUCAUCUCUGAAUGAAGAUAAGACUGCUGAAUACAGACAAAUAUUAAUCAAUGGUAUUCAUCAAUUGGCUGUAAAGUUUGUUGAGGUGGCCACCAAUGUUAUAGACUUAUUACUCGAAUCAAUGGUCGAUUUAAAUACCACUUCAGCAUAUGAAGUGAUUGUUUUGGUCAAGGAAGUUGUGGAGAAGUUCCCUCAUUUGAGACAACCUAUUAUUUCCAAGCUUGUUGAAGUCUUACCUCUUUUGAAGAGCGGCAAAGUAUUCCGUGGAUCACUUUGGAUUAUUGGUGAAUAUAGCUUGGAAGCAAAGUUGGUUCAAGAAGCAUGGAAAUGUAUUAGAGAAGUCAUUGGUGAAGUUCCAAUUUUAGCCAGUGAAAAGAAGCAUCAUUCAAAUGGUGAAGAAGUAGCAAAUGGUACUAAUGGUUCGACAGAAAAGAAGUCUGGCCCAAUCAUUUUACCUGAUGGAACAUAUGCCACUGAAAAUGCUCUUACCGUUGAAUUGGUUGAUAGUGAAAAUCAAGAUCAAUAUCCCAUUAGAAAGCUUAUUUUGGAAAGUGAUUAUUAUUUGGCAGCUGUUUUAUCUUCAACUUUAGUUAAAUUGGUAUUAAGAUUACAGUCUCUUGGUACUCCUGGUAAGAUAUUGAACCCCUUAAGAGCUGAAGCAUUGUUAAUCAUGGUAUCUAUUCUAAGAGUUGGUGAAUCCAACAUAGUUGAAAAGAAGAUUGAUGAAGAUUCUGCUGAUAGAAUACUUUCCAACAUUAGAUAUUUAACUGAUGAAGAUGAUGCUGAUCUUAUUCUGAAAGGUUUCUUGGAAGAAACUAAGGAAGCGUUUGAAAGUCAAAUCAAAAGAGUUGAAUCUGAAAAGGCUGAAGAAUUAGCUAAACAAUUUCAAAGCAAUGCUGAACAAGCAGACGAUUCUAUUGUGUUUAGACAAUUUACUUCCAAUAAGGCAACUUCAACUAAUGAUGAGGAUGAUGUUAAGUUAGCCACAGGUAGUGCUGUUAAAAGAGAAGAUAUUUCUUUCAAAUUAGAUAAAGUAUUACAAUUGACUGGUUAUUCUGAUCCUAUUUAUGCUGAAGCUUAUAUCAAGGUUCAUCAAUUUGAUAUUGUGUUGGACGUUUUAUUAGUGAAUCAAACCACCAAUACUUUACGGAACUUGUCUGUUGAGUUUGCCGUGCUUGGAGAUUUGAAGGUUGUUGAUAAACCAGCUACUGCCAAUGUUGGACCUCAUGGAUUCCAUAGAUUACAAACCACAAUCAAGGUUUCUUCAGCUGAUACGGGUGUUAUUUUCGGUAACAUUGUAUUUGAUGGACAGCAUUCAGAUGAUUCCACUAUAGUGAUUUUGAACGAUAUUAACGUUGACAUAAUGGACUAUAUCAAGCCUGCUACAUGUACUGAAAGUCAAUUCCGGAAGAUGUGGAAUGAAUUUGAAUGGGAGAACAAGAUAACUGUCAAAUCAGAUAUGCACACCUUGAAGGAAUAUUUGGAUGAACUUAUGAAGGGAACUCAUAUGAAUUGUUUGACCCCUGGAGCCAUCACUGGAGAAGAAUGUAAGUUUUUAUCUGCCAACUUGUAUUCUCGGUCGACAUUUGGGGAAGAUGGGUUGGCCAAUUUGUGUAUUGAAAAGGCCAGUGAUGGACCUAUUGUUGGACAUGUGAGAAUAAGAUCCAAGGGUCAAGGGUUGGCUUUAUCUUUAGGUGAUAAGGUUGCUGCUAUUUCUCGUCGUAAGAAGGGUAUUACCAUUGCACGUGUUUGA